AUGGUUGGUGAUAAAGGUACUCAGUCUGACAGAUGUCAUAAAUCGGACCUAUCACACCUGAUUUUAUGCAUAAAAGUAGCUUUCUAUUCAAAUUUGUAUCAAGUAAUUCUGCUAACAAUGUGUUCGCGCAUAAGCAACUAUCAUUCUGUUCUUUGUGUAAUUGGUGGGAUCAUUAUUCAAUGUACUUACGGGUACUUUUAUACAAUCGGUAAUAUGGCUCCAUACAUUUUGGACUAUUUUCAAUACCAUAAUAAGUCAAUUUAUGAUAAUUCCAUCAUGUGGUUGACAUCAGUUGCUUUAGGAAUGGAGGCAUUAGCCAUGCCAAUUGGUGGAGCAUUGUACCGUAAAUUAGGAAUCAGAGCAGUGGUAAUAAUUAGCAGUUUAAUCCAUAGCGGAGGAAUCACCUUGAGUUAUUACACACUGAAGUUGGGAUUCAUUCCAUUACUGAUUACUUAUGGUGUAAUGCAGGGUUUCGGGUUUGGAUUCGGUUAUUCAGCUACUAUAGCUGCAUCAAUUGCAUGGUUUCAAAACAAUCGAGGUUUAAUUGUUGGCCUAAUUGUUGGUGGUUUCGGGGCUGGUCCCAUCAUCUUUACAUCGAUUCAAACAAUAUACAUUAAUCCAAAUAAUAUCAAGACAGAUGACAAAACAAAGCGAUUUGUAGAUGCUGAUCUACUUAACCGUGUUCCUUCUGUGUUUCUACUUAUUGGUGGUGUUUUGUUAGUUAUACAGUUAACUGGGUUAUAUUUGAUGAGAGAUAAACAAAAGAAGGCGAUUGUUCUGUUAACGAAUCACGACUUCAAAGAUCCAGAUAAGUCACAUGAAGUUCCACCUGUUAUAAAUUCAGUAAAUUUACGACCUUUGGAAUUAUUGAAACAGAAAGAAUUUUAUUUUUUAUGGAUCAUUAUAUUUUGUGCUGGAAUGCCUUUGACAUCGUUGGCAACACUUUUCAAGCUUUUUGGUAAAACUCAUAUUAACGAUGACAGAUUUCUUGCUAUUAUGGGUGUCGUUGCGGCUGUAUUUAAUUCCGUCGGACGUGCUUUCUGGGGUGCUAUCAGUGAUCGUAUUUCGUUCAAGGUUCCAUUGUGCAUCAUAUUUUUAUGCUGGUCACUUUUACUAACUUCAUUCCCACAUUUACCUUUGAUAUUUGGACCUCAAAUCAAAGUUGGUUUUGGUAUUUGGUUAUGUGGUCUCUAUUUAUUAAUUAGUGGUGUGCUUGUCUAUGCACCAACUGCUACAGAAACCUUAUUUGGACCAAUUAAUAUGGCUGUAAAUUACGGAUUAGUUUUUAAUGCAUUUGUAUUCGGUGGUCUAUUCGUUUCGCUAUUGUCCAUCCUAAUUCCACAGUUUCAUGAAUGGGAUAAUCUAUUUUAUCUAUGUGCUGCAAUGUGUAUUUUAGCUUUAUUAAUUGUGCCAUGGAUAUAUGAUAGGAAAAUGCCUAAAUAUUUCAGCUUGUUUCGAUUUUAUAGGCAAAGUCACAGUUGA